AUGUCAAAGCUCAGCUUGAACUCCACCCUUCCUCUUCCCAACUCCCCCCACAAGAUCCCCCAGCUUGGCUUCGGUGUCUACCAGUCGCCCCCAGAGACAUGUGUCAAGUCAUGUCUCGCUGCCUUGAAGGCCGGCUACCGACACAUUGACACGGCGCAGUACUACGCGAACGAAGAGCAGGUCGGGCAGGCGCUGAAGGAGUCUGGCCUCAAGCGUGAGGAAGUCUACCUCACGACCAAGAUUCUCAGCCCAGGCGACGACGUUGACUCGACCUACCAAACUGUCUUGGAGAGCGUCGAGAAGCUCGCCGGUAAGGACGGAUACGUAGAUCUGUUCUUGAUCCACAGCCCCAACGCAGGCCCUGAAAAGAGGAAGCUGAUGUGGCUCGCGCUCGAAAAGGCAAAGUCUGAGGGCAAGGCACGCGAGAUUGGCGUCAGCAACUAUGGCAUUGGACACAUGGAGGAGAUCAAGAAGAUUGGCAAGGUCUGGCCACCUGCAAUCAACCAGAUCGAGCUCCACCCCUGGUGCCAGCAAAAGGACGCCGUCGAGUACUGCCAGAAAAACAACAUUGUCGUCGAAGCAUACUGCCCGCUCGUCCGCAACCAAAAAGCGGAGGACCAGACACUGAGUAGUAUCGCGAAGAAGCACAGCGUAAGCGACGCCCAAGUGCUCGUACGCUGGAGUCUGCAGAGGGGCUUCGUUCCACUCCCGAAGAGUGACACCCCGUCCAGAAUCGCGAGCAACGCCGACGUCUACGGCUUCGAGCUCGACAAGGACGACAUGGCCAAGUUGGACAGCCUGGACGAGGCGGCAAAGGGCGCGCUGGUGCAAGCAGUCAGCAACGAAUAG